UCCGCCAGCGGCGCUACGAGGCGGUCGGUGAGUUCCGCGGAGGCGCCGCUUGGCUGCGCUGCAAGGCCGACUCGCACCCGCCUGGAAGGGGGGGCGGGAGAGGGAAACAAAAAAUUCAAAUUCAAAUUCAAAUACAAAUUAAAAAGAAACUCGCAACGGUACCGCGAUCGCCGACUGCCGCGUGCCCGAUUCGGAAAUAAACGGCCACGCGACAGAUACGUGUUCUCAUUUCACGGUUCAAACGCACCGCGCAUUUUUGGCGCGACACUGAUUAAGUCAGCGGUAAAAGGGCCGCCGACGACGACGCCUGCAGCCAAGGAGGGGAGGAGAGGCGCGGGCGAGAGAGUCAACAAGGGGAGAGACAGUGCAGAAGACGUACGCGCGGAGCACGCAUUGUGCGUGUGUGUGCGUGUCUGUAUCUCUCCGCUGCGGGCGACUGAAGAAGAAGAAGAAGAAGAAGAGAGACCUCGACGCGGCAGUUCGUCCCGGAGGACUCUGAGGACCUUACCGUCGGUGGAAGGAAGUGCUUCCUGCGUGUGUCUUCUUCGUCUCUCCCGGGGGGAGUGGACCGACUGUCGGAUCCGUCAUGGCGGGAGCCGCCCCGCCGAUCGCCGACGUACACCCCCGUCGACGGGCCACCGGGUAGCCGGGUUACAACCCCCACCACCACCCCCCGCGCGACACCUCUCUCUCCUAGAGUCGCCGAGACGAAGGGCGAGGCGGCAUGGCCUGGCGGGACGAGGCGGCGCGCCGCCUGAACGCCACCGAGGAGCUGCUGGAGGCGGCGUGUCUGCUGGGGGCGGGAGUGGAGGCGGUGGAGGCGGCGGAGGAGGGCGCCUGGUGCCCCGCCGCCUGGGACAUGGUGCUGUGCUGGCCCCGCACUCGCGCCGGCACCACGGCCCGCCUGCCCUGCUUCGAGGAGUUCAAGGGCGUCAAGUACGACACCUCGUCGCCUCAGAACGCGAGCCGCGAGUGCCACGCCAACGGCACCUGGGACAGCUACUCGGACUACGCGGCCUGCGUGGGCGAGCCGCAGGUCAGCCCCAGCCACCUGGACACCGGCGUAGAGGUCACCUCCACCAUGUACUUCGUGGGCUACGCCCUGUCGCUCGUCGCGCUCUGCAUCGCCAUCUGGAUCUUCCUCUACUUCAAGGACCUGAGGUGUCUGAGGAACACCAUCCACACCAACCUCAUGGUCACGUACGUGCUGGCUGACUUCCUGUGGAUCCUCAACAUCACGCUCCAGACGUCAACGUCCUCGGACUCGUCGUCCUGCGUCGUCCUGACGAUCCUGCUGCACUUCUUCCUGCUGACCACCUACUUCUGGAUGUUCGUUGAAGGACUGUACCUGUACAUGCUUGUCGUGGAGACGUUCAGCGCAGAGAGUAUCAAGUUCAGAGUGUACGUAGUUAUCGGAUGGGGCGCCCCUCUGCUGAUAGUGGUUACGUGGAGCGUGGCGAAGAGUCUGACACCAAUAGCGACGCAGCAAGAGGUGUUCGGCGUAGACCUAGGAUUCGUGGAUGGAUCGGAAGGAUUCGUAGGCGACACUGCCUGGACGGAAACUCUGCUCGAGGUGCAGAGCUCGGAGUACCUGCAGCACUGCCUCAGCAGCCCCUGGAUGGUGCCGCACAGCUACGACUGGAUCUUCAAGGCGCCCAUCAUCUUCGUGCUGGCCGUCAACUUCGUGUUCCUCGUCAUGAUCAUGUGGGUGCUGAUCACCAAGCUGCGCUCGGCCAACACGGCGGAGACGCAGCAGUACCGCAAGGCCACCAAGGCCCUGCUGGUGCUCAUACCCUUGCUGGGCAUCGCCUACAUCCUCAUGAUCGCCGGGCCCACGGAGGGAGUCACUGGCCACAUCUUCAGCUACCUGCGCGCCAUCACCAUCUCCACGCAGGGCUUCACGGUGGCGCUGUUCUACUGCUUCCUGAACACGGAGGUGCAGAACACCAUGAGACACCACCUGGACCAGUGGCGCACCGCGCGCUCCUUCCACGGCAGCCGGCGCUACACCUACAGCAAGGACUGGAGCCCGCGCUCCCGCACCGAGAGCAUACGGUUGUUCGCGCAGCCGUCCAGCCACGGCCGCAAGCGGGAGUCCACAGUCAGCGAGAUGACGACCACCACGCUGGUGGGCGGCGGUCUCAACAACGGGCGGUGCGGCAGCAGCGGCGGCGGCGGCGGCGGGGGCGGUGCCGGGGGCGGCACGGCAGAGAACGCCGUGUGAGCAGACCCGAGGCGCCCUCGUGCCACGGUGCGCACCGUGCAGCUUUCGGAACAGGAGGACGUGGAGGAAGAGCCGUCACUGUGUUCGACGAGCACACCGCAUCGUGCGCACGAAGCGCAUCGUGCGGCUUUCGGAACAGGAGGACGUGGAGGAAGAGGCGUCACUGUGUUCGACGAGCACACCGCAUCGUGCGCACGAAGCGCAUCGUGCGGCUUUCGGAACAGGAGGACGUGGAGGAAGAGGCGUCACUGUGUUCCACGAGCACGCCGCAUCGUGCGCACGAAGCGCAUCGUGUGGCUUUAGGAACAGGAGGACGUGGAGGAAGAGGCGUCACUGUGUUCGACGAGCACACCGCAUCGUGCGCACGAAGCGCAUCUUGCGGCUUUAGGAACAGGAGGACGUGGAGGAAGAGGCGUCACUGUGUUCGACGAGCACACCGCAUCGUGCGCACGAAGCGCAUCUUGCGGCUUUCGGAACAGGAGGACGUGGAGGAAGAGGCGUCACUGUGUUCCACGAGCACGCCGCAUCGUGCGCACGAAGCGCAUGGUGUGGCUUUAGGAACAGGAGGACGUGGAGGAAGAGGCGUCACUGUGUUCGACGAGCACACCGCAUCGUGCGCACGAAGCGCAUCUUGCGGCUUUCGGAACAGGAGGACGUGGAGGAAGAGGCGUCACUGUGUUCCACGAGCACGCCGCAUCGUGCGCACGAAGCGCAUGGUGUGGCUUUAGGAACAGGAGGACGUGGAGGAAGAGGCGUCACUGUGUUCGACGAGCACACCGCAUCGUGCGCACGAAGCGCAUCGUGCGGCUUUAGGAACAGGAGGACGUGGAGGAAGAGGCGUCACUGUGUUCGACGAGCACACUUGCAUCGUGCGCACGAAGCGCAUCGUGCGGCUUUCGGAACAGGAGGACAUGGAGGAAGAGGCGUCACUGUGUUCCACGAGCACGCCGCAUCGUGCGCACGAAGCGCAUCGUGUGGCUUUAGGAACAGGAGGACGUGGAGGAAGAGGCGUCACUGUGUUCGACGAGCACACCGCAUCGUGCGCACGAAGCGCAUCUUGCGGCUUUAGGAACAGGAGGACGUGGAGGAAGAGGCGUCACUGUGUUCCACGAGCACGCCGCAUCGUGCGCACGAAGCGCAUGGUGUGGCUUUAGGAACAGGAGGACGUGGAGGAAGAGGCGUCACUGUGUUCGACGAGCACACCGCAUCGUGCGCACGAAGCGCAUCUUGCGGCUUUCGGAACAGGAGGACGUGGAGGAAGAGGCGUCACUGUGUUCCACGAGCACAACGCAUCGUGCGCACGAAGCGCAUCGUGUGGCUUUAGGAACAGGAGGACGUGGAGGAAUUGGUGUCACUGUGUUCGACGAGCACACUUGCAUCGUGCGCACGAAGCGCAUCGUGCGGCUUUCGGAACAGGAGGACGUGGAGGAAGAGGCGUCACUGUGUUCCACGAGCACAACGCAUCGUGCGCACGAAGCGCAUCGUGUGGCUUUAGGAACAGGAGGACGUGGAGGAAUUGGUGUCACUGUGUUCGACGAGCACACUUGCAUCGUGCGCACGAAGCGCAUCGUGCGGCUUUCGGAACAGGAGGACGUGGAGGAAGAGGCGUCACUGUGUUCCACGAGCACAACGCAUCGUGCGCACGAAGCGUAUCGUGUGGCUUUAGGAACAGGAGGACGUGGAGGAAUUGGUGUCACUGUGUUCGACGAGCACACUUGCAUCGUGCGCACGAAGCGCAUCGUGCGGCUUUCGGAACAGGAGGACGUGGAGGAAGAGGCGUUACUGUGUUCGACGAGCACACCGCAUCGUGCGCACGAAGCGCAUCGUGCGGCUUUUCGGAACAGGAGGACGUGGAGGAAUUGGUGUCACUGUGUUCGACGAGCACACUUGUAUCGUGCGCACGAAGCGCAUCGUGCGGCUUUCGGAACAGGAGGACGUGGAGGAAGAGGCGUCACUGUGUUCCACGAGCACAACGCAUCGUGCGCACGAAGCGCAUCGUGUGGCUUUAGGAACAGGAGGACGUGGAGGAAUUGGUGUCACUGUGUUCGACGAGCACACUUGCAUCGUGCGCACGAAGCGCAUCGUGCGGCUUUCGGAACAGGAGGACGUGGAGGAAGAGGCGUCACUGUGUUCGACGAGCACACCGCAUCGUGCGCACGAAGCGCAUCGUGCGGCUUUCGGAACAGGAGGACGUGGAGGAAGAGGCGUCAUUGUGUUCCACGAGCACAACGCAUUGUGCGCACGAAGCGCAUCGUGUGGCUUUAGGAACAGGAGGACGUGGAGGAAGAGGCGUCACUGUGUUCGACGAGCACACCGCAUCGUGCGCACGAAGCGCAUCGUGCGGCUUUUCGGAACAGGAGGACGUGGAGGAAUUGGUGUCACUGUGUUCGACGAGCACACUUGCAUCGUGCGCACGAAGCGCAUCGUGCGGCUUUCGGAACAGGAGGACGUGGAGGAAGAGGCGUCACUGUGUUCGACGAGCACACCGCAUCGUGCGCACGAAGCGCAUCGUGCGGCUUUAGGAACAGGAGGACGUGGAGGAAGAGGCGUCACUGUGUUCGACGAGCACACUUGCAUCGUGCGCACGAAGCGCAUCGUGUGGCUUUAGGAACAGGAGGACGUGGAGGAAGAGGCGUCACUGUGUUCGACGAGCACACCGCAUCGUGCGCACGAAGCGCAUCGUGUGGCUUUAGGAACAGGAGGACGUGGAGGAAGAGGCGUCACUGUGUUCGACGAGCACACUUGCAUCGUGCGCACGAAGCGCAUCGUGUGGCUUUAGGAACAGGAGGACGUGGAGGAAGAGGCGUCACUGUGUUCGACGAGCACACCGCAUCGUGCGCACGAAGCGCAUCGUGCGGCUUUAGGAACAGGAGGACGUGGAGGAAGAGGCGUCACUGUGUUCGACGAGCACACUUGCAUCGUGCGCACGAAGCGCAUCGUGCGGCUUUCGGAACAGGAGGACGUGGAGGAAGAGGCGUCACUGUGUUCGACGAGCACACCGCAUCGUGCGCACGAAGCGCAUCGUGCGGCUUUAGGAACAGGAGGACGUGGAGGAAGAGGCGUCACUGUGUUCGACGAGCACACUUGCAUCGUGCGCACGAAGCGCAUCGUGCGGCUUUCGGAACAGGAGGACGUGGAGGAAGAGGCGUCACUGUGUUCGACGAGCACACUUGCAUCGUGCGCACGAAGCGCAUCGUGCGGCUUUCGGAACAGGAGGACGUGGAGGAAGAGGCGUCACUGUGUUCGACGAGCACACCGCAUCGUGCGCACGAAGCGCAUUGUGCGGCUUUCGGAACAGGAGGACGUGGAGGAAGAGGCGUCACUGUGUUCGACGAGCACACCGCAUCGUGCGCACGAAGCGCAUCGUGUGGCUUUAGGAAUAGGAGGACGUGGAGGAAGAGGCGUCACUGUGUUCGACGAGCACACCGCAUCGUGCGCACGAAGCGCAUCGUGUGGCUUUAGGAACAGGAGGACGUGGAGGAAGAGGCGUCACUGUGUUCGACGAGCACACCGCAUCGUGCGCACGAAGCGCAUCGUGCGGCUUUAGGAACAGGAGGACGUGGAGGAAGAGGCGUCACUGUGUUCGACGAGCACACCGCAAAGUGCGCACGAAGCGCAUCGUGCAGCUUACGGAACCUGAGGACGUGGAGGAAGAGGCGUCACUGCGUUCGACGAACACGCCGCAUCGUGCGCACCGUGUAAGAGAACGGUGUAACAGACUUUGUCACGGGACUUAACAGCACUGUGAGUCGACGAAAACGCGGUAGUUGCACCUUUUAUCGACACAAACUCUUAUGUAUGCCGGUAUUUUUAUAUCGGUGAGGUAUUGUAUCUUUUCACUUCGACUUUAUUGGUGUUAAGUGUACGACAAUCCGAGAACAGUUGCGAGGCCAGUUAAUGCCGGUUCUUAGUUUAAAAAAAAAAAAAAAAUAGUAGGUUUCGAGUUAGUGUUAUUUUUCCAAAAAUUUUAAAUUUCCUACCCUGCACCAAAUGACUAGAUAUCGUUUACAACCAUUUUCCACAUACUGGAUUACAAUUUAUUAUUAUUAAAUCCAGAAUAAUCCUACUACUGUUAACCAUUCAAAAUAAGUUUUUUCGCGGGAAAAUGUUUUUUUUUUUUUUUGCGUUUUUUGUGCGGCGAAGAAUCUACUCGAGAAACUUUGAGUGAUUAUACUAUAAAAAAAAGAUGCGCUAUGUUAAAUUGAGAUUUUAUUUUUAAUGAUGCAAUCAUUUAACCAGUACAUAAAAUUGGAAUAAAGUGUCCACUUCUUUUUAAAAGAAAUAAUAUGUACAAAAUUACUUAAUUAUAAAUGUUUAUAACUCAAAAUCUAACAGCAAUUUUCUUAUUUCAGUUCAUCCAGAACCGUUAUCAACUGGCCUAGACUCUGUUCUCAGUUUGACUUUUUUGAGUUCGAAGACAUCGUGAAGAAAAUAACGGAAGAACAAGAGACUUUCUGAGACAUAAUGUAUACCGAGAAGAUAACGGAAGAACAAAUAUAUUUACUUUUGAGUUGUUAUUGUUUAGCUGAAAGGACAGCCAAGGAACUAACUUAUGGCGUGUGAAAUGUUUUAAAUGAUCUUCGAUAUGGCAUAUAUACAUAUAUUAUCUUCCACUUAUUUUUGUUUACGACACUGUAAAACCAGCGCGCUUUUUGGCUGUUCCGUUACCUCAGGACAAUCGUGCGUGAGCGCGGAAAAACGGAACGAUGCCUCGUGCGGUGUAUACUGUGAAGUUUAAAGCUGGGUUCACAGUUAAAAAAAAAAAAAAAAAAAAAAAAAAAAAAAAAAUAGCGAGUUCAUUGCGGGAAGCCUUCAUUUCACAGACGAGAGAGCCACACCCGAAGUUCCCUGAAGUUCAUGCUAGGAAACCGUGUACAUGAUUUCACAGUAUCUUUAAUGUAGCUAUCCUAACCAAAUCAACCGUCCGCAAUGUUUUAAAAUAUUUAUAAUGUAGCUAACCUAACCUACUUGACCAUUAGUUAUCAUGAGUUACAAUGAACAAAAAAAAAACGAAAAUGCACGAUCGGGGGGUUUAGCUCUCUCGUGUAUGAAAAGAAGGCUUCCCGUUCAUUGCAGUACAACCACACGUCUGUGCACACUACCUCAGCGAAAUCGGGUUCACAAUUGAAAUCUUGCAGUUAAUUUCAUCCAAUCAAAUUUCGCGAUGCUGCCGACAUACGUUGGCGGUGUUAGUAAAUAACUACUUAUAUUUUAACCACCAAAGUAUUAUCCCACGACGUCUGACCAGCAAUUUGUGAGCACAGUUUUUUCAACAUAUAAAUUAAUUUGAGUUCUGUAAAGUUUUCAGUUUGCCACUAUACCCUAGAAACAUUUUUUUUAUCACAUUAAUAACUGCUAGUGACUUAUUGUAUAAGUAGUAAUAGCAAUAAUUCAAUUUUAAAGCGGGAAUUACAUGCAUCUGAACAUUGUUGUUAAUACCUUCGACAAUUUCUUGCCACAACAUUAUUUAUAAUUGUAAACAGUUCUCUAGUCUCGACAAAAUGGCUUCCUACUCUACCCUCAUUGGCUGUUGCACCAUGCGUCCGUAACAGAAAUAAAAUAUAUUCACUUCCCUCCCAUGCUCACGACCGUCCUAUGCGCUAUUGUGAAUCAGUAGGUUGGAAAACAUGGCGGUGAACUCUUACGUGCACGACCUACUGUUACUGUAUUUCUUUUUUUUUUUUUUAAUUGUGUGCCCAGCUUUACGUAGCGCAUUGAAUCGUGCGCAGUUUGCUAAAAAAAAUGGAUGAAGUACGAAAAAUAAAAUACGGACUUGAAGUUGA